AUCAAGCGAGUAAUCCCUCCUGAUUAGAUUGCGUGAAAACAUAGAACUAUGGCUUCUCAGACCAAAGUGGUGAUGCUUCUAAUUCUCGCCACAGCAGGAGCAGCUUUGGCUGAUCAUCACAUUGUGAAAGAUCUGGCAGUAAAGGGUGCAAUUUCUAAGAACUGCCCAACUGGAUGGACCUCCUAUUCUGGUCGCUGCUACUUGUACAACGGCGCCAAGCUGGAUUGGGUUUCUGCAGAGACAUUCUGUCAGAAAUUUGAUGCACACUUGGUCUCAAUACACAGUGAGAAUCAAUAUCAGCAGAUAAAGGCUCUUAUCCGUCGUCAUGACCCCACGGAGAAUCCAACAUACAUCGGCCUCAGUGACUGUCAGAAGCCUUAUCAAUUCUUUUGGUCUGAUGGCACCAAAUUGACUUUCACAAAGUGGAAUUCAAGAGAACCAAAUAAUAAUAAAAAAGAGUGCUGUGUGCAUAUGAACUGGCCUUCCGAUAAAAACUGGAAUGAUAUUCCUUGUACCCAGCGCUAUGCCUCUGUGUGUGCCAAGAAAAGUGGCUGAAACGCUUCCUACUGCAUCUCACCAUAUAUAAUACAAUAUGUUUCUUCGUCACUGAUGAAUUUAUAAAAUGAUUCUGUGGCAGACUUCCAUAACAUCAGCAAUAAAAAAUCUAAAAAAAAGUGUCA